AUAAGCAACUUUUAAUAAAUGAAAUUUCACAUAAAAUAUUACUAAAAGAAACCUCGGAAUUUCUUUUCUUCAAUUACAAAUUAAUCAAAUUUUCUUUCUUUCUUUUUUUAAUUUUAAAAUUAAAUACCUUAAAAUCCAUGGCGGUAUUCAGAUUGGCGCCGGAAGAGUCACCGGAUCCAACCCAACAACAUCCACCGCCGCAACAACAGCUGCAGGCCGGUCGAGAAGUGGCGUCCGACGACGAGCGGUCGGUGGCUGCAGAUUCCUGGUCUAUAAAGAGCGAUUACGGGAGCACACUUGACGAUGAGCAGCGCCACGCUGAUGCUGCCGAAGCCCUCUCCUCCGCUGCCAAUUUCCGUGCUGCCCUUAAUUACAGUUCUGACAAGGAUGAAGCUGAUGCUGAUGCUAUGACAGCAGUACUUGGUCUUCAGAAUUAUAGGAACGGUGCAUAUGCAGAUGAGCUGACAAGUUUUCGUGAUCAUAGUCAUGCUGGUGAAAUUUGGAUUGGAGCUGAAAUCAUGGAUACUGUUACUUCUUGGACCAAAAACUUGUGUAUUGAUAUUUCUCAAGGUCACAUGCCAAAUCAUGUUGACGAGGCCAAGCUCGAGUCUGUUGCACAGGAUGAGAAAUAUUUGUCUUGCUGGAGUGUACUUGACAUUGGCACUGGCAAUGGUCUACUCCUUCAAGAACUAGCUAAGCAGGGGUUCACGGAUUUGACUGGUAUUGAUUAUAGCGAGGUUGCAAUUGACUUCGCUCGAAGUCAUGCUGACAGAGAUGGAUUUUCAAGCAUCAAGUUUCUGGUUGAUGAUAUUCUUGAGACAAAGUUGGAAAGACAAUUUCAACUUGUCAUGGAUAAGGGGACUCUUGAUGCCAUUGGCUUGCAUCCUGAUGGACCUAUUAAAAGGAUGAUGUACUGGGACUCAGUCUCGAAGUUGGUUGCCCCAGGUGGAGUGUUAGUGAUUACAUCUUGCAACCAUACAAAAGAUGAAUUGGUACAAGAGGUGGAAAAUUUCAAUCAUAGAAACGCUGGAAUGCUGCGCCAAGACCCAAAUACAAUCAAGGACCGAGAAAUACACAGAGAUUGCCCCCCGUACCAAUAUCUGAACCAUGUUCAAACUUAUCCAACAUUCAUGUUCGGCGGAUCUCUGGGAGCACAUGUUGCUACUGUCGCAUUCGUACGGAACUAAAGAUAACUGAAGGCUAGGUCUUUGGGAUUGGUGGUUGACCCACAUAACACCAUAUGUAGAUGAUAUGUAUGUAUAUAUUUAAUUGCACAAUCAUGGUCUGUCUCCCAAGUGGCUCUGCACCUUUGGUUUAUUGUUGUUGAAAUGCUUUAAUGAAAUUGAUCUCCUUUUGCUGGAACAAAA